AUGUCGUCCAGUUUUCACAUCUCCGCUGUUCAACUAGACGACAUCACUCGUUUAUGGUCACUCGAAACUUUAGGAAUUCUUCCUGACGUCGAGAACGCAGAUGCAGCGGCAACCUAUCAAGCUGAUUGCAUUACUGAUCAAGGUAACCAGUACACAGCGCGGCUACCAUGGAAAGAUGACCAUCCAGAACUGCCAUCUAAUUAUCUCAUUUGCCAACGACAAACUCGCCACACGGUCAGGAGUCUUCUGAAAAAACCUCAGCUCUUACAGCUGUACAGUAAAAUUAUCCGUGACCAACUUUCUGCCGGAUUCAUCGAGCGGGUGCCUCGUACUCAACAGGCGCCACACGGUUGUCACUACAUUCCGCAUUUUGCUGUUCAAAAGGAUUCUGCUACAACUCCGAUUCGUAUCGUGUACGAUUGCUCCUGCAAAACUAGACAUGGUGCAAGCCUCAACGACUGCCUCCUCAUUGGUCCUCCUCUUCAAAACGAUAUGCUCCACAUUCUGCUUCGAUUUCGUGUGCAUCGCAUUGGUUUUUCUUCCGACAUUGAGAAAGCGUUUCACAAGGUACAACUUCACGAAGCUGAUCGUGACUUCAUUCGCUUCCUUUGGCUCAGCAAUGACAACGAUCCCGAUUUCGACUUUGUCAUUUACCGUUUUAAAGUUGUUCCAUUCGGAGCAAGUAGCAGUCCAUUCAUUUUAAAUUCAGUGAUCAAAAAGCAUCUUAAGCGUAGUUCAACUCCCAUCAGUGUUGACAUCGAAGCUAAUAUCUACGUUGAUAAUCUGAUUUCGGGAAGUGAAACUCCAGAAGAAGCAUUGAAUUACUACGCUGAAUCACUCGAUCCAUCUCUCAACGAACGUGCUAUCUCGGGAGGUGUGGCGGAUGUUUCGACUCUCACCAAAACUUUGGGUCUUUUGUGGGAUCGCUCGACAGACACUCUACAGCUACCUCUCUUCUUUUUAACGCCGUUUUGUUCCACUUCACCCACCAAGCGUGAUGUUCUUCGCGGACUUUCUUCCAUCUACGACCCACUUGGAUUCAUUACGCCUCUUUCUAUUCCUGCCCGCAUUCUUAUGCAAGAAAUUUGGAGAGAAGAAUUACAAUGGGACGAUCCUUUACCGGCUUCUUUCGCUGAUCGCUGGCUUGGUUUAUGCAGCUCCCUUUCUGACGCAAAACCCAAGGUUCCCCGUUCCUACUUCGGUGAUAGGUCUCGUGUAAAAUCUCUUCAUAUUUUUGUCGACGCCAGUCAGCAAGCAUAUGGUGCUGUCGCCUAUCUCCUUGACGGCCAGAACUCUUCCUUCGUUAUUUCCAAGGCUCGAGUCGCCCCGCUGAAAGGCAACGGCCCUCAGUUGACUCUUCCGCAGCUAGAACUCAUGGCAGCCCUUAUUGGAACUCGCAUCGCGACGACGAUCAUCACCGCCUUCCAAGUCCUCGAGAUCUCUCUAUCAGUCACCAUGUGGUCUGAUAGUCAAAUUGUUUUAUAUUGGUUGUCAAAAAACGACAAACAGAAGAAUCUCUUCGUCGCUAACCGUGUCUCCACGAUCAUCACAUUCAACCGUCUUCAUCAAGCCAGUUGGCAUUACUGCCCCACUGCUUCAAAUCCAGCUGAUCUGGUAACGAGAGGCCUAACGCUCCACCAACUUCAAACGUCUUCGAUUUGGACACGGGGCCCACUAUGGUUAUCUUCCGAAGAUGAAUGGCCGCAAUGGAGCGUCUCUAGCCUCAGUCAAAUUAAAAUUCGUCAUCUUGCAGAAAUUUCCACCAUCGCAACUCCGGAACGACUCCCCCUGCCACUGGAUAUUUCAACAGUUAUCGACAUCGUCCGUUUCAACUGGAGUUCGUUGAAAAGAACAACGGCAUAUGUUUCUCGACAAUUUAGCAAUUUUCAACGACCGAAAGCUGAAUGGAAUCGCGAAUUUCUUUCCACACUGGAACUCAUCCAAGCGGAACGCAAAUGGAUCGUCUCUUUUCAAUUUCGUUUUUUUGCCAACGAAUACGAGUAG